ACCGGACUGAGCGGCAACGAGGGCCGAGAAGGCAAUGACGAGGGUGGUGGAGGCACGCAUGUUGAGAGUAGUGUGGAGGAUGAUUGGUGAUCGAAGAGAUUGGUUGCAGGUAAAGUUGCAGGCGAUCAACAGGUGAGAGAUAUCGGGAUGAAAAGGAAGAGAAAAGAGAAAGUGAAUCAGAGGACGGGGAGAGGCGCUUUAUAUGUAUAACAACAACAGGGGAGGGAAAGGGAAGAGCAAAUGACAGGUGCAGGGGAAGGUCUUUUUAUAGAAAAACGAGGUAGGGGGCCCAAUCCCGCAGGAACAGGUGCCAUCCAAUCUCCUCAUCCGCUCAUUUGCCUCAGCCCUGCUUCUGAGGCUGGGGAGAGAGAGAGAGAGACCAAGCGGGAAAAGGCUGGCCGGGAGGGGGGAGGGAUGCGCCAGCACCGGCGCCAAUCUACCAGGUUCAUUCGAUAUUGGAUGUUGGAUGAGCCAGGUGUGUCCAAUCUGGGUUAGGACGAGUCGUCACUCCACCCUGCAUUUCUCUAACCCUGUCACCCUCCCCAAGGGUGGAGCCACCCUUGGGAUCUUGACCCUAAUUGUCCCGUCGUGGAGGCGGGUCUCCUGUUGCCAUCGAAUGUCUCUCAGUGUCUAGUUUAGGGCAUCCUUCGCGGCCC